AUGGGCCCCCGUACCGACUCCUCAUGCUGCUGCCAGGCCCGUAAUCUGUCAUGGGUCCCUGUACCGCCUCCUCAUGCUGCUGCCAGGCCCGUAAUCUGCCAUGGGCCCCCGUACCGCCUCCUCAUGCUGCUGCCAGGUCCAGAGUGUGUCAUGGGUCCCUGUACGGCCUCCCAUUGCUGCUGUCUCCAUCGCCACACUCUGCCAUGUGCCACUUUCAGGUCUCCUCACACUGCUGGUGGGUUCCAUUUUGUCAUAGGGUGCUGUAUGGCCUCCCAUUGCUGCUGCCUCCACUGCCACACUGUGGCUCCACACUCUGGUUUUGGCCCCGUGACUGCCCAAAUGAUUGAAGUGUGCGGUGAUUCUAAGAUCGACGGCACUCAUCUGCAUGUCAUACUGACUGACAGUAUUAUUUCUCUUCCCCAGCAGACUCCAAAUGCAUUUAAAUUAAAGGUACAGUGUUCUGCACUAAUAUAA